UAGGAAUCAGGUACUUUGAUAGAGAAGCAACAAUAAGGGGAUGCAACAAUAUUGAUAUAUACAUAUAUAUUUUGAGAUUUUUUUUUUCUGCUAACAUAACAUAAGAUAAUACAAUACAGUAGCUAGCUAACGCCGAGAUUGUCUCUAAAUUACUGUUUGUUCAGGAACUUUCCAUUCCAGAUCAGGUUCUCCAGCAGACCCGUUUGAGAGUGGUGUCAUCUUUACCCCUUACCCCUUAAAUCCAGGUUGACUGACUGGAGAGAAGGAUGAGCAGUGCUCAGUGUACUGAUGAAGUCUGCACACAGGGUUCUAGCACAGAACCUGCCUUCCAAGAUCUGCUGGAGCACCUCAGACACUUCCAUGAUACUACAGUCCAAGGACUGCAGUUAAAGGUGAAUAAACUGAAGAAGGAGCGAUGCUUUGAUGCGCAAAGACUGGAGGAGUUUUAUAACAAGAAUCAGCAUUUACGUGAGCAACAGAGAACACUGCAGGAAUCCAUCAAAGUCCUGAAGGAAAGAUUACAAUCUGGACCUUGUGAUCGCUGCAGAGAAACAGAAAAACAAAUGAAAAAAACACAAGCCGCGUUUGAAAAUCUCCCGCUCCUCAAUGAACUCCAGUCUGAGAGAAAUAUGCUUAAAGAAGAGAACAGGAAGCUCAGUCUUCAGCUAGAGCAAUUACGUGGACAAAUUUUGCAGCAGACCGCAUUCACCGAGCCAGAGGAAGGCAUGAUCCCAGACUCGCCAAAGCAGCCAAUGUCAUUUCCCGUAGUCAACAAGAUGAAGCGCAAGAAAGAUCACAGCCACAUUCGCUAUGCUGAAAAAUUGCAGCCCCAGCCACUACCUGCUCCCCGGAAAAGAGAGCUGGCUACAUCUUUAGGCUGCCAUGCUGGCGAUGUGCUUGUUCCAGAGACAUGUAAUAUGGAUGUAACAUGCAUUGAAAAGUGCAAUACCAAGAUUCAUGGCAGAACUGUGGUUGCAGAAACUUGCCAUAUAGACCUAAAUUCUGAGCAGAUGCAUGAGAGUGAUGUAAACUUUCUCAGUCAACCUAAGCACAAGGUGAAGAAUUUCACUAGUUGUCCGGGGGCCGAAGAGCAGACUAUGGAGAAGAAACAUGAUGGGCCAGAGUCUUCACAAAAACUGUCUGGCAAACACAUUGAGCAGGAAGCAUGCAAAAGAAGAAGCUGGGAGACAGAACAGGCCACGCCUGAUGCUUCAUGUACGAGUCCAUGUACGAGUCCAUGUACUCCAUGCAAGAGUCCUUUGCUGAGCCAGAAAUGUAGUCCAAAUGAUGAGAGCUGGAGCAUGGACCCAGGAGCUGCUCUGUCCCAAUAUGACACAAGUAUCCUUCCUCAUCCAGAGCCCAAAAUACAGGCAGAGACUGUAGACCUGGACUGCACAUAUGUGAGUCAUAGUUUGCUCGUAGCUCACCAAAAGAGGACUGAAUUGAAACAGACAAGCAGCAUCACAGGAAUAGGGCAGAAGGCUAAUGACAGCUUAGCAAAUAUCUUUGACACCACUGGGCAUGAAGAUUAUGAGUCCUGCCCUCCGGAUGAGAUGAGUGCCAUGGAGAAGGAAUAUGUUCUUGAGAAUGAGAAUGAGGAAGAGGAGGAAUGUGAAAAACAGGAGGACGGCACGAAACAAGAUGAACAUAUGGAGGAAGCGGAGGUUAUGGAUGAAGAAGAAAACCCCAUUGGAGGUUCUGCUGAGAGUGCUAAGGACGAGUCCAUUGCUCGUGUGGUAGUUGUACGCAAGAAAGCUGACCGAAGAAAACUUCACGGCCACACAUGCAAAGAAUGUGAGCUUUAUUAUGCAGACCUCCCCGAGGAAGAGAGACGGAAGAAGCUGUCGUCCUGCUCACGGCACCGUUUUCGUUACAUUCCGCCUUCGACCCCAGAGAACUUCUGGGACGUGGGCUUCCCUUCUACACAGACUUGCAUAGAGAGAGGAUACAUCAAAGAGGACAACCAGGCAGAUCCACGUUUGAGGAGGAAGAAACCUUACCUUGCUACAUUCUCACCAAAAGCUAAAGCACUGUAGUGACACUCCACAGGUGAUAUUCGAUAUUAGUAGCCUCAUCCAAUCUCCAUGUGUACUGAACACAAUUAGCCCAUGGAAAAUACUAUAUAAAUCCAGUUUUGAUCUGGAGGCUAAUUAUUUUUUACUUAAUCUUUCUAAUGUGUGUUUAGUAUAUGAUUCAGGUUGUAAAUAUGAAUACUUUGUACAAGAUUGUUGAAAUAAAUAAUGAGCAUUUACUUGUUUGUUACUUGCUUCAAUUAUAUUUGAUUAACAACACCUGCAACACGUAAUUUGAGCCUAAAAUCACAAGCAACAUUCAAUCAAAAAAGACAAGAUCACUGGGCAAGUCACACAAUAUUUCCAUGGCAGCCAUCUGACAGUCUGUCACUGCCAUAUUUGAAGAACACUUUAGUUGCAGUUGCAUUUAUAUAGCGCUUUUCAAGA